CAUCGCUUCUUUAUAUAAAGUCACAUCCUUCCAGUACUUCCGUCCCACUAGGUAGCUCUUUCAGCUCUUUACCGUCAGACCAUUUCCGCCCGCCCAUAAUGACUGAGGUCAAGGAACUCUUGUCGGAGAAAUGGCUAUCCGUCAACCACAUUUCCGUCGCCAAGAGAAACAAGAAGCUCUUCUGGGCUCUUUUCGCAACUCUCUUGCUUGCUGCUGCUAUUGUUGGCAUCGUCGCCGGAGUUAAUUCCCGAAAGAAUUCCGACGACGGCGACCUCUCGGCUUCCCAUGCCAUACUUAAAAGCUCAUGUAGCAGCACAUUGUACCCUGAUUUAUGCUUCUCGUCUCUUGCCUCCGUCCCCGGCGCAACCGCAAAAUUGUCCAGCAAAAGGGACGUCAUAGAAGCGUCUUUGAACCUCACGAAAGAAGCAGUCAAACACAACUACUUGGCCGUAAAGAAGCUGAUCAAAACCAGGAAGAAUCUCACCAAGCGCGAAAAGACCGCUCUUCAUGAUUGCCUGGAGAUCAUUGAUGAAACUCUGGACGAGCUCCACAAGGCCGUGGAAGAACUCCACGAGUACCCCAACAAAAAAUCUGUGUCCCUCCAUGCUGAUGACCUCAAAACCCUGAUUAGCUCUGCAAUAACCAACCAGGAAACUUGCCUAGACGGGUUCUCGCACGAUAAAGCCGAUAAACACGUCCGGGAGGCUUUGCUAGCAGGUGAGAUCUAUGUAGAACGUCUGUGUAGCAAUGCGCUGGCCAUGAUCAAGAACAUGACAGAUACCGACAUAGCCAACGAGAGUAAGACGGCGAAUCGGAAGCUUAAGGAGGUCGAUGCGGAUGAAAUUAAGUGGCCGGAGUGGAUGUCGGCAGCGGACAGGCGGCUUCUGCAAUCAUCUUCCGUGACACCGAACGUGGUGGUGGCUGCAGAUGGCAGUGGCGACUACACAACUGUGUCGGCGGCAGUGGCAGCCGCACCGGAUAACAGUAACACGAGGUACGUGAUCAGGAUCAAGGCGGGGGUAUACAGGGAAAAUGUGGACGUGACAAAAAAGAAGAAGAACAUCAUGUUUCUGGGAGAUGGGAGAACGACCACCAUCAUCACAGCAAGCAGAAACGUGGUGGAUGGAAGCACCACCUUCAACUCUGCCACAGUAGCCGCGGUCGGAGAGGGAUUCCUAGCACGUGACAUAACCUUCCAAAACACGGCCGGUCCUUCAAAGCACCAAGCCGUAGCUCUCCGUGUAGGUGCUGACCUCUCAGCAUUCUACCGAUGCGACAUGCUUGCGUACCAAGACACUCUUUACGUCCACUCAAACCGUCAAUUUUACGUGGGCUGCCUUGUGGCCGGCACGGUCGAUUUCAUCUUCGGCAAUGCCGCCGCCGUGCUACAAGACUGCGACAUUCACGCACGGCGCCCGAAUUCUGGCCAAAAGAACAUGGUGACAGCCCAAGGCCGAACCGACCCCAAUCAGAACACUGGAAUCGUGAUCCAGAAGAGCAGAAUCGGAGCCACUUCUGAUCUGAAACCCGUUCAGAGUAGCUUCCCCACGUAUCUCGGCCGGCCAUGGAAGGAGUACUCUAGGACCGUCAUCAUGCAGACUGCGAUAAGCGAUGUAAUCAACCCUACCGGAUGGCACGAGUGGAGCGGGACUUUUGCCCUUAACACGCUGUUCUAUGGGGAGUAUCAGAACACCGGGGCUGGCUCUGGAACCGCGAACAGGGUGACAUGGAAAGGGUUCAAGGUAAUCACCAGCGCUACCGAGGCCCAAGCUUACACUCCAGGAAGCUUCAUUGCUGGUAGUAGCUGGUUGGGAUCCACCGGUUUCCCAUUUUCUCUUGGACUUCGAAAAUUAAUUAAUAUGGAUGAUCCAAUCAAGUCCUUCAAGGGCUAUGGCAAGGUAGAUGAGCUUGAAGAGCAGGCCUUCCGGAAAAGGACGCGCAGGCGUCUCUUCAUCCUCGUCAUCUCUACCAUCGUCUUGUUGACGGUGAUCAUAGGUGCUGUUGCCGGGAUUUUGAUACACAGGCGUAACAACUCAUCGCACAUAUCUAGCCCUGCUCCGGCGACCCAGUUGAAUCCCGCCGCGUCACUAAAAGCGAUGUGCGGCGUGACUCAGUAUCCGAGCUCGUGCUACUCCAGCAUCUCCUCCCUGGACACCACCAACACCACCGACCCAGAGGUCCUCUUCAAGCUCUCUUUGCGCGUCGCCAUCAAAGAGCUCUCCGAGCUCGCCGACAAAUUACCCGCCAAGCUCAUUGCUGGGACCAACGAUACUAGAGUAAGAGAUGCUCUAAUCGUCUGCCAAGGACUUUUCGAAGAUGCGGUGGACCGUCUCAAUGACUCGAUAUCAUCCGUGGAAGUUGGUCAUCAGGGUGAGAAGCUCUUGUCGUCGGCGAACAUCAGUGAUGUGAAGACGUGGCUGAGCACCACCAUCACCGACCAAGAAACCUGCUUGGACGCACUCCAAGAAAUCAACUCCACACUUCUCGAAAACGUGAAGACCGCCAUUCAGAACUCCACCGAGUUUUCCAGCAAUAGUUUGGCCAUUGUGACCAAGAUUCUAAGUUUACUAGCCAACUUCAACACUCCGAUACAUCAGAGGAGGCUGCUUGGGUUCGGAGGGAAAUUUCCGGAUUGGGUUAACUCGGGUGAAAGGAGAUUACUGGAGAAAUCCAACGCGACGGCGCAUGUGACUGUGGCAAAGGACGGGAGCGGGGACUACACGACAAUCAAAGCAGCGGUGGCGGCGGUGCCAAAGAAAAGCGAAACGAGAUUUGUGAUUCAUGUAAAGGAAGGAAAGUAUUUGGAGAAUGUGAUAUUGGACAAGAACAAGUGGAAUGUGAUGAUGUAUGGGGAUGGGAAGACGAAGACCAUAGUCUCCGGCAGCUUGAACUUUGUGGACGGCACUCCCACCUUCUCCACCGCCACUUUCGCUGUUGCAGGGAAGGGCUUCUUUGCAAAAGAUAUGGGAUUCAUUAACACUGCAGGUGCUGAAAAGCACCAGGCAGUCGCACUCCGGUCUGGCUCCGACCGCUCGGUGUUCUACCGGUGCUCAUUCAAUGGCUUCCAGGACACCCUCUACGCCCACUCAAAUCGUCAGUUCUACCGUGACUGUGACAUUACUGGCACCAUCGACUUCAUCUUUGGCAAUGCGGCCGUGGUGUUCCAGAACUGCAAUAUACAGCCGAGGCAGCCCUUACGAAACCAAUUCAACACCAUCACGGCUCAGGGAAAGAAAGACCCGAAUCAGAACACUGGCAUCUCGAUCCAAAAAUGCUUCUUCUCUCCGCUGGAUAAUCUCACAGCUCCAACAUACCUUGGUAGGCCAUGGAAAGUCUACUCCACCACUGUCAUCAUGAAGUCUGAAAUUGGGGCAUUCUUGAAUCCGUUGGGCUGGAAGGAAUGGCUCUCCGGUGUUGAGCCGCCCAGCACCAUUUUCUAUGCAGAGUACCAAAACACUGGGCCUGGAUCGACUGUAGACCAAAGGGUCAAAUGGGCUGGUUUCCAGCCCUCUCUAACCGCAGAUGAGGCCGGGAAAUUCACUGUGGAAUCCUUCAUACAGGGUAGCGGCUGGUUACCGGAAACAGAUGUGAAUUUUGAUGCUUCUUUAUGAUCCGAAAAUAUGGAUUGAGAUGUUUGAUUCCCGAGACUUUUUUCUUCUCGUUUCCGACACAAAUUUUGUAUACGCUGGUAGUAAUUUUGGUUUUGCUUGUUUGUAACAUUCUUAAUUAGUAUUAUACACGACACACUCCUGGCAAUUUUUACUAUGAAGGAUGUAUGAUACAAACAAUACAUUUCACAGCAAAGAGAAUUUUUUAUUUUUGUAAAA